UCCAGAGCAAUUCUCAAACUUGUCCCUGAGAUUUUUUCAGGGGGUCUCCAGAGGGCCUCCUUUUUCUAACUUCAUAUCUAUGUGAGAUCAGGUUUUCUUCAUCUGUGUCAAUUAAACAACAUAUUGCCAGGAAGUGAGUAAAGAGGCAGGUGUGAGAACCUAAGCUUUCAUUGCCAGCUGUUAAAGAGAUUUGCAAGAAUGUAUAACUAUGCCAGUCUUCUCAAGAUUUUUUUUUUCUCUUGGAAAAUAUGGUUCUUUUAAAGUGCUGCUUAUGAUAAAUAUGGAAGGGAUCUUUUAUUAUUUUAAAUUAACAAGUACAUUCAAAAAUUCUGUUUUAAUUUCUAAUGUGAUAAGUAUCGAUGAAUAUAGAACAGAAGUUCUCCGGGGUCGUCAACGACUUUUGAGAGUGUAAAGACCCCAACAUCCUCCCCCCAAAAAAGGACAGUGAAGACUCAAGAGGCACACGUGUGCGCGUAUACAGUAAGCGCAGAAUGAAUGAAGCCCGGCAGGGCAGCCCCUCCCCGCGCGUCGCCCCGCGCUCGUCGGGGAGGCGGCCCCGCGGCUCUGCGCGUCCGGGAGGCCGGUCUCCCGGGCCCGCGCCCGGCGCCCCCUGCUGCCCGCCGCCCGCGCCGCAGCCGCGCCGCCCGCGGUUUCUGUCGGCCCACAGGCGUGCCUGCCCCUUUAAUUGGCGCGUACCAAGUCCUUCCCGGCUGCAGGUCCCCCCGAGCCCGGGCGCGAGGAGCCGCCGGCCGGAGGCCCGGGCGGGGGGAUGUGGAGCCGGCGCUGCGUCCGCCGCGGGUCCGGGCCGAGGGCGAGCGAGGGCGGGCGCGGGGCCGCGGGUCCGCUCGGCCGCCCUCCCCGCCUCGCGCCGUAGCGCAGUCCCAAGAUGGCGGCCACCAUGAAGAAGGCGGCUGCAGAAGAUGUCAAUGUCACUUUUGAGGAUCAACAAAA